AGUUCUCGAGCACAUAGGAAGAAAGGAAAGUAGGCAAUGGCUAAAGAAGAAGGCGAUGCAGCAAACCUCGAAUUCUUCCUGCACUGGGCAUCAGAGUUGGGAAUAUCAGACUCUUCUUCUUCUACUCUCCCUCAUAAAGACUCCACCUUUCUACCUUCUUGCUUGGGUCACUCGCUAGUUGUCUCCCAUUUUCCUGAUGCCGGCGGAAGGGGUUUAGCAGCGGCCCGUGAACUUAGAAAAGGGGAGUUAAUACUAAGAGUUCCUAAGGCAGCCUUGAUGACAAGCGAGAGUUUGAUGGUCAAAGAUCAAGUGCUCUCUGCCUGUAAAAAAUCACAUCCUUUUCUUUCUUCCACUCAGAUAUUAACCAUUGCACUUUUGAACGAAGUCAAUAAGGGGAAAAGUUCUUGGUGGUACCCUUACUUAAAGCAGUUGCCACGCAGUUAUGACACGCUUGCAGGUUUUGGUCAAUUUGAGAUACAAGCUUUGCAAGUGGAUGAUGCCAUCUGGGCUGCAGAAAAGGCUGCAGGAAAGGCCAAGUUGGAGUGGCAAGAAGCUAGUGUAGUUAUGGCCGAACUUAAGCUCAAGCCUGCUUUACAAACCUUUAAGGCAUGGCUAUGGGCUUCUGCAACUAUAUCAUCCCGCACAAUGCACGUACCAUGGGAUGAAGCUGGGUGCUUGUGUCCUGUCGGAGACUUCUUCAAUUAUGCCGCUCCUGCAGAGGAACCGUGUGGUAAUAAGACUUUGGGGUCUUGUGGAAAUGGUUUCAGUAUGCAGACUGAAGGAUUGUCUGAAGCCAAUGCACAGAGAUUAACAGAUGCUGGAUUUGAGGAUGAUGUUGGUGCUUAUUGUUUCUAUGCUAAGAGAAACUACAGAGAGAAGGAGCAGGUUCUACUAAGUUAUGGAAUGUACACAAAUCUGGAGCUGCUUGAGCACUAUGGGUUUCUUCUAGAUGAUAACCCAAAUGACAUGGCUUUUAUCCCUUUGGAACCUGACAUAUAUACAUUGUGUUCAUGGCCCAAAGAAUUGCUAUAUAUUGACCAAGACGGGAAGCCAUCCUUUGCCCUACUCUCUGCUAUGCGGUUGUGGGCAACUCCUCCAAACAAACGGCGAUCUGUUGGACACCUUGCUUAUUCGGGAAAGCAAAUUUCAGUAGAGAAUGAGAUAACUGUCAUGGGGUGGAUAGCAAAGAAAUGCCAAGAUAUGUUACAGAAUCUGAGGACAUCAAUUGAACAGGAUAAGUUGUUGCUGAGCAGCAUUGGCAAAAUUGAGGAUAUUUUUCUUCCAGUGGAGCUCGAGAAAUUGCCAUCAAUAUGUAGCACUGAGCUUCGUGCCUUCCUUGAAAGCCAUGAACCAACUAAUGAGGAAGCUUUCAACAACUUGCAUAUACCUCGAAAAGCAAGAAGGUCUAUCUCUAGGUGGAUAUUAGCUGUCCAGUGGAGACUCAGCUACAAGAGAAAAUUACUAUGCUGCAUUGCAGAAUGAGCUGAAGAUGAUUUAAACUUCUUUUCUGUGAAAAUGUUCGAAACAUCCAAGCAGAGAAAUUUAGAGUCAAUUGCAGAACACUGAGGAGUCAUGGGAUUGCUCCUCCGCUAGAUUUAAGGGGAUUGUUACCAGAUAAUGCGAGGGAUCUUAAUCUUUGUAUUCCACUUCUACACCAAAUAAAUGCUGAUGGCACUCCGCUCCUCUAGCUUAAUUGGGGAAGGAAUGAACGAGCAGUAGAUGAUUGGUUCAGGAAGUGUUGUAUUUUCUCUUUCUUCUUCCGGAAGACAGUGGGCUGAUAUUGCAGACGCAAGGUCUCAGAAAUUUUUACAAGCUAUUCCUCUGAUACUUCAGAAUAAUGCACAGAUUCUUGCUUCUCUUCUCGGGCUGGUGAUGAACCUUUGAAUCAGGCUUUUCCCGCCAUUAAUAGCCAACAGCCACUCCAGAAGUUUAGUUCACCAUUGGGUAGAGCCGCAUCACUUCAGACACGAGCACCAUAAGAGAAUGUCCGUUCUCAACAGGAAAAGCCCCCUCUCUGCAUUGUGUCAAACUCAAACACUGCCAGUGCAAGUACCUUAUAUAAAGUACCAAUGGAUGGCAUUUUCCAGAAUUACUGCCGUGAUUUUUUGCUAGCAUUUGCUCAAAGCACAAGAAAGUGGUGGUGUAAAUACGGGCUCAGUUGGAUGUAUGCUGUCAACUCGGUUCACAAUUUCUUUUGUAAUUGUAGUCGUCUAGAUAAUUCCUGCAUUAUACUCCCUUAUACUUCUGGGGUAAUGGUGCAGCCCAUUGAUUUCCUCUUCUAGUUGGGAAGCUUUGUUUGGAUUACAUUUUUCUAGAUUUUUUAUAUGAAAAAAAAAUACUGCAACAAUUUGAC